CGUCGUUUCAAUUUUAACACUAAUUUCUUCUUUUAUUGACGUUUAUUGUAAUCAGGAAAAUAAGUGAUAAAAUUUAAUUAUAUUAUUACAAAUAGAGAUUCAGGGAAAAUUUAUUAACACAAACUUGUAAUAAAGGUAUAAAUUACAUAGAAUACAUUGUGUGAACUUGGGAAAUGAUUUUCCGAUGGAAUGUGCACAGUUGGAUAUCAGUUUGUAAACCAAUGGACAUACAGGCUGAUUUGGCCAAUCGAGUUUGAACAUAAAGUUCCCAUGAAUUUACAAUAAGAGGAAUAAUAUGAACGGCAAUAUUACAAGAAAAGUCUUUCACCCCAAUAUAUUUGGUAUUAGUUCCAGGAAAAUAGCUUUAGAACCUUUUGAUUUAUUUAGCUGUAAUGGGAAUCUGUUUUUUAAUAUAAUGAGGAUACAGCUAAUUAUGGUCGGAAUAUAAAUACUUUAUUUACCGAAUGAAUCGAUGUUGGUUUAAAAGAGUAUUUCUUCUGGAGUUGCAAAAUGAGUGGACGACUAAUGAAAAAAAUUCCACUGAAGAUUCUUAACAAUCCGAAUCGUUAUUAUAAAACAAACGAUGACCAUAAUACUAUUCUUCUUCAGGCUUGCUUUGAUAAUCCGAUCUUUCAAGAGGAUGGAAAUAAGUUUCAAAAUGAUGAUCACGUGACAGCAAACGACAAGUAUCCCGGAAAUGACUACAGUUACGCUUCAGGACCAGGACGACCAACCGAAGUGCACUUCCGGAAGACAAAUCAAAGACACAAAUAUUUGCGUAUUUUUGCAACUGUAGUGAUAGCCAUUAUUCUUAUUGCCUUGAUCAUAGCUCUUUUAGUAGUGUUUGCAGGUAAAUCUGAUGAAGAAAAACCAGUAGUGCUUUUUAAAACAAGUAGGAUAUCGGGCAGAGUAAAGAUCAUCCAGGGACCAUUUUCUGUAUAUACAUCAUCAUUAAAAGACUCCAAAUCGGAGGCGUAUCGUUAUUUUUCAAAUAGUUUUAUUUAUAAAAUAAAUGCAAUAUUUCAUACAAGUGAUUAUAGAUCUGUAUAUAAUUCAACCAUCAUCAAUUCAUUAUCAUCAGGAAGUGUAAUUGUGCAUUUUACUGUAAUAUUUAAAUCAUCUGUAGAUAUUAAAUCAUCAACAGCAGAGUCUAUUAAAUCAUUGCUCAUCACAGAGUUGGAUGAUAGUGUGUUCUUCAUAGAUAAAAAUGAUGUAAACAUUUUACCAAUAGGGCCUCCUCCAAUACAUACUACAGUUUCACCUGGGUUAUGCCAGUCUAUAACGUUACAGCAGUGUAUUAACAAUUCUGAAUACAAAUUAACGUCUUUCCCGAAUUUUGCUGGACAUAAAAAUCAAAAAGAACUAACGGACAAUUUAGAACAAUUUAAUGAUUUAUUAAAUAACCAAUGCUAUGCAUUCUCAAAUCCAUUCUUUUGUGCUUUGUUGUCUCCUGAGUGUCGAAAUGGACGAAGAUUUCCACCAUGUCGAAAGUUUUGUGAGGAUGUAAAAGAUGGUUGUGUCAAUCAAACAUUCCCAGUUGACUGUGAUACGCUACCAGAUUCAAAUGAUCCAUCAGUCUGUGCAGCAAAUCCUUAUAAACCUGCCCAUUGUUAUGAAUAUAAGAAUGAAAGCUUUGCGAGAUGUUGGAAUAUGGGUUACAAAACUACAGCUUUUCCAAAUUAUGCUGGACAAAUUUCUGAAGGAGAAGCAGUCCAUUAUGUUAAUCUGUUAACCUCAAUCGAUGAUGCCACACGAUGUUAUAAACAUGCCUCUUUGCUUGCCUGUUCAGCAUUUGUCCCAAAAUGCACUGGUAUAGAGGUUAUUGGUCAGCACACUAUACCACCGUGUAAAAGUCUAUGUAAAGCCACAAAAGCUGGAUGUGAAGUAUUCAUGAAUAUAUUCAGCAUGAUAUGGCCAGAAAAACUUGAUUGUGACGCCCUACCAGACACCAAUGAUACAUCUAUUUGUAUUGGGUAUGCCGAAGCACACGAACCUAGAAAGAUUGGAGCAUGCCCAACCGAACAACUACGCUGUGACACGGAUGUGUGUAUUCCGUCAUCAUGGGUUUGUGAUGGUUACCAAGACUGUAAAGACAAUUCAGACGAAGAACUCUGUGCCAAAUGUCCAGUAGGACAGGAAAAAUGUCACCCAGUUUCCGGACAGUGCAUAGGUACCAACUUAGUAUGUGACGGCGUUGGAGAUUGUUAUGAAAACGUUGAUGAAGCACAGUGCAUUAGACUUGGAGACGGUACAAAUUCAGGCAUUUUACUAGUAAAAGAUGGUGUUAGUUCCCACUGGCAGGAGGUUUGUUCUGAUAACUGGAAUACAACUUUUAGUGAUAUGGUCUGUAAUCAGCUGGGCUACAAAGAUACCAAAUCAUUCGAAGAGACAAAUCCAGGACAAAACCUAAAGUCAGUUAUACAUAUUGACAUGAAGAAUGGUUCCAACACGAUGGCUCUCCAAUCCUACCUACAAAAGUCCGUUGCUAGCUGUACUAGUGGAAAAGUUGUUCGGUUGUCCUGUGAAAAUGCAGUAUGUGGUAAUAGACCGGCAAAACACCCAUCUCAAUUACGAAUUGUGAAUGGAGAUGAAGUCGACCCCGGAACAUGGCCGUCCCAGAUUUCAUUACACGGUGGUGAAAAUGAAGCUUAUUACUGUGGAGCAAGCUUGAUAGGCCACAGCUGGGUCAUGACUGCUGGACACUGUGUUGGCGGAAAUAAGGAUGCAUCGACAAUUACAUUGAAGAUAGGAGCAACUAGGCGAUAUGCAUAUUCAGCGUAUCGUCAAAUCAGAAAAGCUAAAAAUCUCUACCCACAUCCAAAGUACAACCCUAUAACCGUAGACAAUGACAUAGCAUUGAUAGAAUUAGACGAACCUGUUUAUUUUAAUGACUACCUCCGUCCUGUCUGCCUGCCAGAACGUAAUGAAGAGACACCAGCUGGAACAAGAUGUUAUGCGGUCGGAUGGGGUAGAAAAGAUGAAACAGCAACUGACUAUGAAAGAGCUUUAAAGGAAGUUAUUUUGAACAUUGAAAAUUGGGAUUCCUGUAAAAAUGCAAUAGAAACAUCUCCGGUCAAGUCAUCGUACAAACUUACAGAUAAUAUGAUAUGUGCUAGUGGAGGACCUGACCAUGAUGCGUGUCAGGGUGAUAGCGGUGGACCAUUAUUGUGCCCAAAAAACGCAACACUAGAUACUUGGUACCUAGCCGGAGUUAUUUCUUGGGGUAUUGGAUGUGCUGUAAAUGUUCCAGGCGUAUACACUGAAGUACCACUGUAUGUCGACUGGGUUCGAGAGACUACAAAAGGGGCUGUUGGAUGAUACUUCAACUUUUAUUUAAUUUUUAUCAUAUACACCAUAACGUUAUAAAUUGACUGCUCUGCUACCAGGAUUAAAUAUAGAACUAGUAGAAGUCUUUAUCAUGGACAAUGUUAUAUAUACAGAACCUACUUACCCUUACACCUCGUAGUAGGCGUAUUGAAAAAAAAAACUAUACUACAUAUGGUUAUAUAAUUAUAUAUAUUGAGUACCUUGAUAUGAAGAUGAUUUGAAAUAGUGCGUGUAAAGUAUCAAAAAGGUGUUGAUACUCUCAAAAUAUUAUUUCUGAUCAAAUGGUGCAUUGUAUUAUGGAACUUUUAAAUAUAAGCAUAGUAAUGCAAUAAACUUACAACACUGUUUACAAUGAUGUUUGGAUGAAUACUGCGAGAGAUUUUAAAAGUUUUAUAGAUUUAACAAGUACAAACAAAAUUGAAACAAAAUGAACAUAUUAUGUAAAUUAAAAUACCAAUAUCAGUUACUUGCGUCCGACGCGCUUUUCUGGAUGAAAAUGCAUUCCAACUCUAAAAUUUGAAAGUCAAUAAGACCUAAUCAUGUGAUGAACUAUAUGACAAAAUUGGACCUGCAAAACUAUGUAAAGUACAAAUCAUAGAAAUCCCCCCCCC